GCCCCGGGGACCCGGCUUCUCCCCCCCACCACCCCGUCUUUGGGCGUCUCCACCGCAGGUCGCCCCCCGCACCACCCGCCGGCCUCGGGGCGCCUCACCUGUGGCCUGGCCGGGACCCCGACCCCGAGCCCACCUCGGAGGCUCCGAGCCCUGGGAGCCGACGCUCCGACGCCUUGCACAGGCGGCCCCCCCUCCCCCCAAGCGCCCCGGCCAGCCCUGGGGCGCCAAGUCGUCGGGACAGGGGGGCGGGCGGCCAGCCGGGACGACAGAUGGGGGGGCGGCCCUGACCUUCCUGCGGAUCGAUGGGGCGCUACCCGGUCUGCGCGGAGCCGGGGCGGUGCGGACGCCCCCGGCCCGCCCCCCACCCCGGGAGCCGCUAUAAGGGCCGCGCGGGGCUCGAGCCGCGGCAGCAGAUCUCAGCACCCCCGGCGCGCCCACCAUGGCCCCCCGGGCCCUGCUGCUAAUGCUGCUGCUGACGCCGCUGCUCCGGGGCUGCGCCCCGCGCCCCGCGCCCGGCAGGGCCCCGCGACACUCGGACGGGACGUUCACCAGCGAGCUCAGCCGCCUGCGGGAGAGCGCCCGGCUGCAGCGGCUGCUCCAGAGCCUGGUGGGGAAGCGCAGCGAGCAGGACACGGAGAACCGCACCUCCGGGUCCCAGCCCCCUGAGGGCCCCGUCUGCCUGCUGUGGUCCAACACGCCAGCCCUGCGGGCCUGGGCACCUCCGGGGUCCCCCCUAGACCAGGCCUGGUCUCCCUGGCUGCCUCGAGGACCGAGGGCCGCAUUCGUGGCUCCAGACCCCGCCGUGCCUGCCGAGACCCCCAGGAACCCCUGAGGACACAGCGGCGCCCCUCCAUGGACCCGGGGAGCCUGGGCGGGGCGGGGGCGGGGUUGCCCUGGGCACCAAUAAAGGAAGAACUCAGACCC